CUCAUCGAAUCAAAGUCYUCUGAUAGAGACCAUGGCUACUAGUAUAURGAAGAAAAAAUGCGAGAAUAGACUUUAAUUAAAUCGACUUCAAAWUCAGUAAUCAUAAAUGUAUUCCAUGAGAGACGAUUACUGCUUGGAAUCAAGAAGGUCAUGACGAAGAAUAUCAUUGUUUACCUGUUUAUUGUAAACACUUUUUGGACYUUUUCUUCUUGUGAUCCCACAAGAUGGGACUCAAAAUCUUGUAGGAAAAUCAACGGUCUAUUUCACACUAAAGAACAGGUAACACAGAAACUGAAACACGUCCUUGAAGUAGAAAAGAAGAAGAAAAGUCUAUCGAAUGCACAAAUCAGAGCGAUAAACAUUUAUCAAGCCGAACUCAAUGACACCGAAAGAGCUAUAUUUGAAGCUAUGAGCGGKCUGAGAAAACUUUUACACGAGGAUUACAAAUCAGUAGUAAGUAUWAAAGAAGCGAUUAAACAAAGACUUGACUCAUUUAAAACUAUCGCUCUACGUCAAGAAGUUCAAUUCAAUUCAAUAAGCGAAGCAGAAAAAGACCUUACAGCUGAACACAAAUUAAAUGGCAAGAACAACUCCACCGGACGUGGAAUUGGAAAGCUUAUAGAUAGCGUUUUGAGUGAUGUCUUUAUUGCCGCGGACAAAUUAGAGAAAAAACUUAGUGACAAUACUUUUGAGAAGCAGAGAAAUGCAAAAGGAGCAUCCAUCGAGGCAGUGGUGAGGGUGAAUGAUGAUCAAAACGAGGCUGCAGGAGAUGGCCAAGAGGAAGGGAAAGAUAAUUCUGAAAAUGAAAAAGAUGACGGGAUGAGCAUACUGGUGGACUCUCAGAGCAAUGAGUUUGUGUUAGCAAAAUCUAAAGAUGCUACUGUACCACACGAAGACCUUCAUUUGAUUAAAGAUAUUAUUUGGAUCUGUAUUCUUUCUUUCUUUGGAGCAUGUUUAUGUACAGUUGUAGAACUACCAACCAUGUUUGGUUUUGUGAUGAGUGGCAUGGUUCUUGGUCCAACUGGUGUCAAUAUUAUUAAGUCUGUAGUUCAGGUGGAAACACUUGGUGAAUUUGGUGUGUUCUUUAUCCUAUUCACUGUUGGUUUAGAAUUCUCCCCKGAAAGAAUUAGAAAGGUAUGGAAAGUUUCUGUUGGUGGCAGUACUCUAAUGAUGGUUCUCAUUGUUGUUUUUGGUAUGCUUGGAGGGAUGUGUUUUGGUAUUCUACCUCAGCAAAGUGCAUUUGUAGCAGCAUGUUUAUCUUUAUCCAGUACUCCUCUCAUUGUCAAAUUCUUAGGAAACAAAGCUGGAGAYCAUUCCAAUAAAGAACACACAAAUGGUAACCAUGACUACAGUAGCAGCCUGCUUGGCAUUCUGGUAAUGCAAGAUGUGUAUCUAGGACUUAUUGUAGCUAUACUGCCAGCAUUGUCAGGUCACAUUAUAACUACACCAUCAAGCAAAGUCCARCAUGGGAUUGUACAUCAUAUUAUUCAUGGAAGUAAUACGUCUCACACUAAUCUUUUGAUGACUGCAUGGGUUGUGUUUGAGGUUCUGGGAUCUAUGAUUGGUCUUCUUAUCUUGUGUAUCAUGCUUGCACGAUAUUUGAUUGGUCCAUUUUACAGAACUCUGCAAAGAAUAGGAUCCAUGGAGUUGUACUUUUUAGGGACAAUAGCACUAGCAUUUUGCAUGUUAAUUAUGACAGAGCACCUUGGUAUCUCUAUGGAAUUAGGAUGUUUUGUUACAGGAGUUAUUAUCAGUGCCAAUGGUGAACAAAUUGUAAAACAGGUUUCUCAUCUCGUCGAACCAAUCAAGGAUUUUUUAUCAUGUUUAUUCUUUGCUUCAAUAGGUCUUCAUGUUUUUCCAUCGUUUGUUCUUAACGAGCUGUCUGUGACGCUGACUUUAACAUUUGGUGUUGUCACUUUUAAGUUUCUAGUUGGUGUUUUCGUCUUACGGUUGUUCCUACCCAAGUCUACCAACAAUAAGUACAUUGUAGCGGCUGGAUUGGCUCAAGUUAGUGAGUUUUCCUUCGUCCUUGGAAGUCGUGCUAGACGUUUCCAUCUUAUUUCCCGAGAGGUCUAUCUCCUAAUUCUUAGCGUCACUACCCUCUCUCUACUGUUUGCGCCUUUGGUCUGGAGAGCAUCACUAUGGAAGUUUGGUGAAAAAAGAUCAACUCAUCAAAAGCCAGUUUAAUGCAUAAUGUGAUCCGCUUACAACGUUCUGGGCUUGCAAAAUGCGUUUUUAUGAAGACGCGGAAAGUGGAAGAUCAAGAGACAAGGCAGCAAGAAGUGAAAUUGUGAGGAUAAGAACAUCAAAAGAGAUUGAACAUAGAAGGGAUAGAGAUGAAAAACAGAGAGAAACAGAGAGAAAAACAGAAACAAAAUCUCAGUUUUACUUCACGUUUCUUAGGAAAUAGACUUAUUAUAUAUAUUAUAUAUUGGUAUAAGAUAUUCACUCGUUUGCUAAAAAAAAUUAGAUAUAUAUGUCUUUUGUAGUGUUCCAAUGAAAACAAAAGACAAAGAUGGCACUUCUUUGAAAUUAGUAAAAUAUAUAUUGACAAAAGACACCAUAUAUGUUAGUUAGAAAUUUAUGGUAAAGUAUUUACUAGGUAGGUUAGGUCAAGGUUAUACUUCGAACCACUCUGUCGCCCCUAACGCAAAUGAGCUCAAAACCGAUGACUUUUGCAUGUUGAACAUUAAAAKCUUGAAUCUGAAUGAUCAGAUGACUGUAAAAAAGAAAUUCGACGUUAAAKCUUGGCCUUGCAUAAACAAAUUAUUAUCAAAUACGAGAUUACAAUGAUUAUAAUUAUAUAUGGAUGACAGUAACAGUGCAACAUUGACUCGAAGGCCACUCAAAUAAACUUUUAAUAUACAGUUUAACCUCCCGUAAACGGACGCUCUCAUGGGAAACGUUGGCUGUCCGUCCUUCAGAAAGUGUGAAUACAGCGUUUGUAUUUGGACGAAAAACUAAAUGGGGGUUUUGGGAAGCUGUCCGGUUACGAGAUUGURCACAAGUAAAGAUUCUACUACAGUCUUCUUUUCCUGCGAUCAAAAAUGAUUGUGAUACUUUCCACAGAUGCUGUAGAAAAUGUGUUUGGAUGGCCUUAUCUGACAUGUGGCAAUAAUAUUUUAAUUCACUUUAUCGUAAACUAAUGUUUCAGUGAUUUCCACACGAAUUGUAAUAGCUUUUUAUAUGAUAGUAUAUUACGUAUAAAUCAGUAUUUACCCCUUGAUUUCAUCCUAACGGUACUGGAAUUAUAUAGAUAGUCUCGUUUAAUUUUA